AUGUUGUCCAAGGCCAGCCAAGCCCCAGCGGUGAACCGCAGUUUGGCUGACAACGUCACCUGUGAGAGCGCCGCCAGCAGCGAAGGGGAUGGCAAGGCGAGCAGCCGCGGCGAUGUUUGGCUGCUGACACCCCCAGGCCUGGCUGUCUCCAGCCUGGUGAUUCUGCUGUUGCUGAUCCUGGCCUACUUCCUGCUCGUGCCGUAUGGGCUGCGGGCCUACGUGUCCUGGGCUCUACGGCAGCUGAUCCUGGUGCCGCUGUCGCUCUUCAGGAAGCUGCCGCCGCUGCGAGGCAUGUCCUGCAUGGGCCUCUUCGCAGUGAUCUUCCUCUUCGCCGUGGGCUUCGGCAUCUACUGGCGAACACUGCCUGGGCAGUCCUUGAGCGCGCGGUUCUCGCGGGAGAACACCACGGUGGAGGAUCAGAUCUUCACCGGCGAGGGGUUCAAACCGGCAAUGGCCACCAACGAGGUUGCGGCCGCUACGGAGUUGACGGAUCAGCAAAGGGAGCGACUGGUGGCCAGCUGCGGCUGCACCGGCAGAUGA